GCAGAAAAAACUGAAGUGUUAAGCGACGAUCUUCUGCAGGUAAAUAAGUGUGUGUGUGUGUGUGUGUGUGUGUGAUCUAUGGCCUACCUGUCAGUAUGGUGUCUGAUACGUGUUGCUGUGCUGGUUUAGGUGGAGAAGCGGUUGGACCUGGUCAAACAGGUGACCCACAGCACUCACAAGAAGCUGACCGCCUGCCUGCAGGGCCAGCAAGGCGCCGACGAGAGAGAGAAGAAAUCAGUCAAGUCUCCCUCGGUGAGCACCUAUCAGAGACUGGUUUAUUCAAUGUGUCAGUGAGUUUCUAUCUGCCCCUCCCUAUUCAAAUAAACCAGGAAUAAAUACAAAUCCAUAAUAUCCACAUUUUCCCCCUGUUCAGACAGUGACAGAGGAGUAUGUUCUGCUACCUUGUGCUGUGAUAUGAAAUACUGUAUGUUAAUACUUUCUGUCUUGUAUCAGAAAAAGCUACCACUAACCAUCCUGGCACAAUGCAUGGUAGAAGGAGCUGCUGUGCUGGGGGACGACUCUCUACUAGGGUGAGUCCCUGUAUACGCACACACACACACACACACACACACACACACACACACACACACACACACACACACACACACAUGCACACACACACAAACACACACACAGACACGCAAGCACACAAGCACAAACGCACACACACAAACACGCACUCACGCACUCUCAAUCUCGCUCUCUCUCUCUCUCUCUCUCUAGCUUUCUCUCUCUCUCUAGGUCUCUCUCUCUCUGUCUCUGUCUCUGUCUCUGUCUCUGUCUCUGUCUCUGUCUCUGUCUCUGUCUCUCUCUCUCUCUCUCUCUCUCUCUCUCUCUCUCUCUCUCUCUCUCUCUCUCUCUCCUCUCUCUCACUCCUCUCUCUCUCUCCUCUCUGUCUCUCUCACUCACACAUAUUUUUUCAGUUGAUUCUGCCAUAAUUCCUCUCUGUCCUCCUUGACCUUGACCUCUAUCCGAUGCAUUCUGAUUAGCUGAGGCCGGGUCCUAGCUGACGUUGUGAUUGGCUAUGGCUGCGUUGUGAUUGGUUAUGGCUGUGGCUGACAUUGUGAUUGGUUGUGGCCGGGUCCUAGCUGAUGUUGUGAUUGACUGGGACCUAGCUGACAUUGUGAUUGGCUGUGGCAGGGACCUAGCUGACGUUGUGUUUGGCUGUGGCAGGGACCUAGCUGACGUUGUGAUUGGCUGUGGCAGGGACCUAGCUGACGUUGUGUUUGGCUGUGGCAGGGACCUAGCUGACGUUGUGUUUGGCUGUGGCAGGGACCUAGCUGACGUUGUGUUUGGCUGUGGCAGGGACCUAGCUGACGUUGUGUUUGGCUGUGGCAGGGACCUAGCUGACGUUGUGUUUGGCUGUGGCUGGGACUUAUCUGAGGUUGUGAUUGGCUCUGUUCCCUUGACAGGAAGAUGCUGAACCUGUGUGGGGAGACAGAGGAGAAGCUGGCCCAGGAACUUAUUCAGUUUGAGUUCCAGAUAGAGAAGGAUGUGGUGGAGCCUCUCUAUGAGCUGGCUGAGGUGAGUCCUACUGUCUCUAUGAUGAUGUGAGUCCUACUGUCUCUAUGAGCUGGCUGAGGUGAGUUCUACUGUCUCUAUGAUGAGGUGAGUCCUACUGUCUCUAUGACGAGGUGAGUCCUGCUGUCUCCAUGAUGAGGUGAGUCCUACUGUCUCUAUGAGCUGGCUGAGGUGAGUCCUACUGUCACUAUGAUGAGGUGAGUUCUACUGUCUCUAUGAUGAGGUGAGUCCUACUGUUUCUAUGAGCUGGCUGAGGUGAGUCCUACUGUCUCUAUGAUGAGGUGAGUCCUACUGUCUCUAUGAUGAGGUGAGUUAUACUGUCUCUAUGAUGAGGUGAGUCCUACUGUCAUUAUGAUGAGGUGAGUCCUACUGUCACUAUGAUGAGGUGAGUCCUACUGUCUCUAUGAUGAGGUGAGUCCUACUGUCACUAUGAUGAGGUGAGUCCUACUGUCUCUAUGAUGAGAUAAGUCCUACUGUCACUAUGAUGAUGUGAGUCCUGCUGUCACUAUGAUGAGGUGAGCCCUACUGUCUCUAUGAUGAGGUGAGUCCUACUGUCUCUAUGAUGAGGUGAGUCCUACUGUCUCUAUGAUGAGGUAUUAUUGUCUGUCCAGAGACUAGGAGAGCCCACACCAUUCACCAUUACUAUCUCUGAGUGACGGUGAUCGUCAGACACAAUGUCAGCAUGUUCAUUAUUGUCUAUUACCUUCAGGGUGCUAGAAUAUUCCUCCCAUCUCAACUCCAAGAUAACUAGUAGAUAAAUGAAUGUAGUCAUGUGUGGAGAUACAUUAUAGAGGAGGUUUCAUCUGUUCCUGUCUCUUCCCAGGUGGACAUCCCCAACAUCCAGAAACAGAGGAAACAUUUAGCCAAGUUGGUCCUGGACAUGGACUCAGCUCGCACACGGUGAGGGAUGGAAUGCAUGUUAACAUACAGGCUGGGACCUUUUACCCUCUUCACUGAUCACUUCUUAAGAGAUGCUCAUGUUUAGAAUAAUGCUUAGACAAGCAUGUUCCUUCCCUCCGUGGUUGUGUCUCAAAUCGCACCCUAAUCCCUAUAUAGUGCACUACUUUUUAACAAGCUCUGGUCAAAGGUAGUGCACUAUAUAGCCUAGAAUAGGAUGCCAUUUGGGAUGCAGCCUGUGUGUUGGUGUUCCAUCCCCCCUCCUAACUCUUCUUCUUUCCCCUCCAUGCCUGUAGGUUUCACCAGUCGUCCAAGUCCUCCAGUCACCCUAGCAAUCUGCAGGCGGGCGGGGCCAAGGGGGAGGCCCUCAGAGAGGAGAUGGAGGAGGCAGCCAAUAGGAUGGAGAUCUGCAGGGUGAGUCACAGGGUUCUAGUGGUUCAGGCUCCUCUUCCUUCACCUACUGUAGUCCCCCACACCAUGAAACUGCAUUAACCACCACGAGGUUACAGGCUGCAUUAACUGCCACAAGGUUACAGGCUGCAUUAACUGCCACAAGGUUACAGGCUGCAUUAACCACCACAAGGUUACAGGCUGCAUUAACCACCACAAGGUUACAGGCAUCAUUAACCACUACAGGGUUACAGGCUGCAUUAACCACUACAAGGUUACAGGCUGCAUUAACCACCACAAGGUUACAGGCUGCAUUUACCACUACAAGGUUACAGGCUGCAUUUACCACUACAAGGUUACAGGCUGCAUUAACCACCACAAGGUUACAGGCUGCAUUAACCACCACAAGGUUACAGGCUGCAUAAAGGUUACAGGCUGCAUUUACCACUACAAGGUUACAGGCUGCAUUAACCACCACAAGGUUACAGGCUGCAUUAACCACUACAAGGUUACAGGCUGCAUUAACCACUACAAGGUUACAGGCUGCAUUAACCAUCACAAGGUUACAGGCUGCAUUAAGGUUACAGGCUGCAUUAACCACUACAAGGUUACAGGCCGCAUUAACCACUACAAGGUUACAGGCCGCAUUAACCACUACAAGGUUACAGGCCGCAUUAACCACUACAAGGUUACAGGCUGCAUUAACCACCACAAUGUUACAGGCUGCAUUAACCACCACAAGGUUACAGGCUGCAUUAACCACUACAAGGUUACAGGCUGCAUUAACCACUACAAGGUUACAGGCUGCAUUAACCACCACAAGGUUACAGGCUGCAUUAACCACUACAAGGUUACAGGCUGCAUUAACCACCACAAGGUUACAGGCUGCAUUAACCACUACAAGGUUACAGGCUGCAUUAACCACCACAAGGUUACAGGCUGCAUUAACCACUACAAGGUUACAGGCUGCAUUAACCACUACAAGGUUACAGGCUGCAUUAACCACCACAAGGUUACAGGUUGCAUUAACCACUACAAGGUUACAGGCUGCAUUAAGGUUACAGGCUGCAUUUACCACUACAAGGUUACAGGCUGCAUUAACCACUAAAAGGUUACAGGCUGCAUUAACCACUACAAGGUUACAGGCUGCAUUAACCACUACAAGGUUACAGGCUGCAUUAACCAUCACAAGGUUACAGGCUGCAUUAAGGUUACAGGCUGCAUUAACCACUACAAGGUUACAGGCCGCAUUAACCACUACAAGGUUACAGGCUGCAUUAACCACCACAAUGUUACAGGCUGCAUUAACCACCACAAGGUUACAGGCUGCAUUAACCACUACAAGGUUACAGGCUGCAUUAACCACUACAAGGUUACAGGCUGCAUUAACCACCACAAGGUUACAGGCUGCAUUAACCACUACAAGGUUACAGGCUGCAUUAACCACCACAAGGUUACAGGCUGCAUUAACCACUACAAGGUUACAGGCUGCAUUAACCACCACAAGGUUACAGGCUGCAUUAACCACUACAAGGUUACAGGCUGCAUUAACCACUACAAGGUUACAGGCUGCAUUAACCACCACAAGGUUACAGGCUGCAUUAACCACCACAAGGUUACAGGCUGCAUUUACCACUACAAGGUUACAGGCUGCAUUAACCACCACAAGGUUACAGGCUGCAUUAACCACCACAAGGUUACAGGCUGCAUAAAGGUUACAGGCUGCAUUUACCACUACAAGGUUACAGGCUGCAUUAACCACCACAAGGUUACAGGCUGCAUUAACCACUACAAGGUUACAGGCUGCAUUAACCACUACAAGGUUACAGGCUGCAUUAACCAUCACAAGGUUACAGGCUGCAUUAAGGUUACAGGCUGCAUUAACCACUACAAGGUUACAGGCCGCAUUAACCACUACAAGGUUACAGGCCGCAUUAACCACUACAAGGUUACAGGCCGCAUUAACCACUACAAGGUUACAGGCUGCAUUAACCACCACAAUGUUACAGGCUGCAUUAACCACCACAAGGUUACAGGCUGCAUUAACCACUACAAGGUUACAGGCUGCAUUAACCACUACAAGGUUACAGGCUGCAUUAACCACCACAAGGUUACAGGCUGCAUUAACCACUACAAGGUUACAGGCUGCAUUAACCACCACAAGGUUACAGGCUGCAUUAACCACUACAAGGUUACAGGCUGCAUUAACCACCACAAGGUUACAGGCUGCAUUAACCACUACAAGGUUACAGGCUGCAUUAACCACUACAAGGUUACAGGCUGCAUUAACCACCACAAGGUUACAGGUUGCAUUAACCACUACAAGGUUACAGGCUGCAUUAAGGUUACAGGCUGCAUUUACCACUACAAGGUUACAGGCUGCAUUAACCACUAAAAGGUUACAGGCUGCAUUAACCACUACAAGGUUACAGGCUGCAUUAACCACUACAAGGUUACAGGCUGCAUUAACCAUCACAAGGUUACAGGCUGCAUUAAGGUUACAGGCUGCAUUAACCACUACAAGGUUACAGGCCGCAUUAACCACUACAAGGUUACAGGCUGCAUUAACCACCACAAUGUUACAGGCUGCAUUAACCACCACAAGGUUAAAGGCUGCAUUAACCACUACAAGGUUACAGGCUGCAUUAACCACCACAAGGUUACAGGCUGCAUUAACCACUACAAGGUUACAGGCUGCAUUAACCACUACAAGGUUACAGGCUGCAUUAACCACCACAAGGUUACAGGUUGCAUUAACCACUACAAGGUUACAGGCUGCAUUAAGGUUACAGGCUGCAUUAACCACUACAAGGUUACAGGCUGCAAUAACCACCACAAGGUUACAGGCUGCAUUAACCACUACAAGGUUACAGGCUGCAUUAACUACCACAAGGUUACAGGCUGCAUUAACCACCACAAGGUUACAGGUUGCAUUAACCACUACAAGGUUACAGGCUGCAUUAACCACUACAAAGUUACAGGUUGCAUUAACCACUACAAGGUUACAGGCUGCAUUAACCACUACAGGGUUACAGGCUGCAUUAACCACUACAAGGUUACAGGCUGCAUUAACCACCACAAGGUUACAGGCUGCAUUAACACUACAAGGUUACAGGCUGCAUUAACUACCACAAGGUUACAGGCUGCAUUAACCACCACAAGGUUACAGGCUGCAUUAACCACUACAAGGUUACAGGCUGCAUUAACCACUACAAAGUUACAGGUUGAAUUAACCACCACAAGGUUACAGACUGCAUUAACCACUGCAAAGUUACAGGUUGCAUUAACCACCACAAAGUUACAGACUGCAUUAACCACCACAAGGUUACAGGCUGCAUUAACCACUACAGGGUUACAGGCUGCAUUAACCACUACAAGGUUACAGGCUGCAUUAACCAAUACAAGGUCACAGGCUGCAUUAACCACUACAAGGUUACAGGUGGCAUUAAGGUUAAAGGUCAUUUCUUAUCCUCUUUUCCAGGAUCAACUAUCAGCAGAUAUGUAUAAUUUUGUGGCCAAAGAAAUAGACUAUGCAAACUACUUUCAGACGGUUAGUACAUUUUCUGAAUCAAUGCAUUUACCCUUCAGAUGACCUUGACUCAUGUUACAGUCAUAUAGCUGAGCAGGUGUUUAAACCUCACCUUUUUUACCCCUCUGUCCCUCUGUUUCCCUGUGUGUCUCUCUGUCCCUUUGUCUCUCUGUCCCCUCUCUGUCCCUGUGUCUCUAUCUCCCUCGCUGUCCCUUUGUCUCUCUGUCCCCUCUCUGUCCCUGUGUCUCUGUCUCCCUCUCUGUCCCUGUGUCUCUGUCUCACUCUCUGUCCCUGUGUCUCUGUCUCCCUCUCUGUCCCUGUGUCUCUGUUCCCCUCUCUGUCCCUGUGUCUCUGUCCCCUCUCUGUCCCUGUGUCUCUGUCCCCCUCUCUGUCCCUGUGUCUCUGUCCCCUCUCUGUCCCUGUGUCUCUGUCCCCUCUCUGUUCCUGUGUCUCUGUCCCCCUCUCUGUCCCUGUGUCUCUGUCCCCUCUCUGUCCCUGUGUCUCUGUCCCCCUCUAUGUCCCUGUGUAUCUGUCUCCCUCUCUGUCCCUGUGUCUCUGUCCCCCUCUCUGUCCCUGUGUCUCUGUGCGUCUCUCUGUAGCUCAUAGAGAUCCAGGCAGAAUAUCACAGGAAGUCUCUAGAGAUCCUCCAGAGUGUCUUGCCCACCAUUAAAGCUCACCAGGGUGAGUUAAUGUGUGUGUAUGUGUGUGUGUGUGUGUGUGUGUGCACAUUUACGCGUGUCUGUGUGUGUGUGUGAGCUCGUCCAUGCCUGCACAUGUGUAUGUGUCCAUGCCUGUCUGCUCCUCGUGUGCCUAACUGUUGUAUGAUGUGUUGUGCCACCACAGAGGCGUGGGUGGAGAAGCCGUCAUAUGGCAAGGCCCUGGAGGAACACCUGACCAUCAGCAGUAGAGAGAUCGCCUUCCCCAUCGAGGCCUGUGUCACUAUGCUGCUGGAGUGUGGCAUGCAGGAGGAGGUAGAGAAAAAAAUGAAGCCUACUUAACACUAAGUUUCCCAGACCCAGAUGAAGACUACUUAACACAAAGUUUCCCAGACCCAGAUGAAGACUACUUAACACUAAGUUUCCCAGACCCAGAUGAAGACUACUUAACACAAAGUUUCCCAGACCCAGAUGAAGACUACUUAACACUACAUUUCCCAGACCCAGAUGAAGAAUACUUAACACUAAGUUUCCCAGACCCAGAUGAAGGCUACUUAACACUAAGUUUCCCAGACCCAGAUGAAGACUACUUAACACUACUUUUCCCAGACCCAUAUGAAGAAUACUUAACACUAAGUUUCCCAGACCCAGAUGAAGACUACUUAACACUAAGUUUCUCAGACCCAGAUGAAGACUACUUAACACUAAGUUUCCCAGACCCAGAUGAAGACUACUUAACACUACUAAGUUUCCCAGGCCCAUAUAAAGCCUACUUAACACUACUAAGGUUCCCAGACCCAUAUGAAUACUACUUAACACUACGUUUCCCAGACCCAGACGAAGACUACUUAACACUACUAAGUUUCCCAGACCCAGACGAAGACUACUUAACACUAAGUUUCCCAGACCUAGAUGAAGACUACUUAACACUAAUAUGUUUCUCAGACCCAGAUAAAGCCUACUUUACACUACUAAGUUUCCCAGACCCCGAUGAAGCCUACUUAAGACUAUUACUUUUCCCAGACCUAGAUGUAGCCUACUUAACACUAAGUUUCCCAGACCCAGAUGAAGACUACUUAAAAAUAGUAAGUUUCCCAGACCCAGAUGAAGACUACUUAACACUACUAAGUUUCCUAGGCCCAUAUAAAGCCUACUUAGCACUACUAAGGUUCCCAGACCCAUAUGAAUACUACUUAACACUACGUUUCCCAGACCCAGAUGAAGACUACUUAACACUAAGUUUCCCAGACCCAGAUGAAGACUACUUAACACUAAGUUUCCCAGACCCAGAUGAAGACUACUUAACACUAAGUUUCCUAGACCCAGAUGAAGACUACUUAACACUAAGUUUCCCAGACCCAGAUGAAGACUACUUAACACUAAGUUUCCCAGAACCAGAUAAAGCCUACUUAACUCUACUAAGUUUCCCAGACCCAGAUAAAGCCUACUUAACACUACUAAGUUUCCCAGACCCAGAUAAAUCCUACUUAACACUACUAAGUUUCCCAGACCCAGAUGAAGACUCCUUAACACUAAGUUUCCCAGACCCAGAUGAAUACUACUUAACACUACUAAGUUUCCCAGGCCCAUAUAAAGCCUACUUAACACUACUUAGUUUCCCAGACCCAGAUAUAGCCUACUUAACACUAUUACGUUUCCCAGACCCAGAUAAAGCCUACUUAACACUAUUAAGUUUCCCAGACCCAGAUAAAACCUACUUAACACUACUACAUUUCCCAGACCCAGAUGAAGACUACUUAACACUAAGUUUCCCAGAAUCAGAUGAAGACUACUUAACACUAAGUUUCCCAGACCCAGAUGAAGACUACUUAACACUAAGUUUCCUAGACCCAGAUGAAGCCUACUUAACACUACGUUUCCCAGACCCAGAUGAAGACUACUUAACACUACUAAGUUUCCCAGACCCAGAUGAAGACUACUUAACACUAAGUUUCCCAGACCCAGAUGAAGCCUACUUACCACUACUAUGUUUCCCAGACCCAGAUGAAGCCUACUUAAGACUAUUACUUUUCCCAGACCUAGAUGUAGCCUACUUAACAAUAAGUUUCCCAGACCCAAAUGAAUACUACUUAACACUAGUACGUUUCCCAGACCCAGAUAAAGCCUAGUUAACACUACUAAGUUUCCCAGACCCAGAUAAAGACUGUUUAACACUAAGAGUCCCAGACCCAGAUGAAGACUACCUAACACUAAGUUUCCCAGACCCAGAUGAAGACUACUUAACACUACAAAGUUUCCCAGACCCAGAUAAAGCCUACUUACAUAUACUUUGUUUCCCAGACCCAGAUAUAGCCUACUUAACACUACUACGUUUCCCAGACCCAGAUAAGGCCUACUUAACACUACUAAGUUUCCCAGACCCAGAUGAAGACUACUUAACACUAAGUUUCUCAGACCCAGAUGAAGACUACUUAACACAAAGUUUCCCAGACCCAGAUGAAGACUACUUAACACUACACAAAAAAAAAAAAAAAAUGUAUGCACGCAUGACUCUAAGUCGCUUUGGAUAAAAGCGUCUGCUAAAUGGCAUAUUAUAUUAUUUAUAUAUUUAUAUAUUUAUACUAAGUUUCCCAGACCCAGACGAAGACUACUUAACACUACUAAGUUUCCCAGACCCAGAUGAAGUCUACUUAACACUAAGUUUCCCAGACCCAGAUGAAGACUACUUAACACUAGUAAGUUUCCCAGACCCAGAUAAAUCCUACUUAGCACUACUAAGUUUCCCAGACCCAGAUGAAGCCUACUUAACACUAUUACGUUUCCCAGACCCAGAUGAAGCCUUCUUAACACUACGUUUCCCAGUCCCAGAUUAAGCCAAUUUAACGCUGCUUUACAUUCUGAUUUCAGAAUAGAGUUAAUAUAGGAUUUAGCUGUUAGAGUGCUUAUUGUAGACAGAGAUAUUGUAUGUACUACAUUUAUGUUUCAGUAUUUAUCUCUAUGAUGGCCCUGCUCUGACUCUCUGUCUUCCUGACUCCCUGUCUUCUUGUCUUCCUGUCUUGCUGACUCCCUGUGUGUAUAGGGUCUGUUCAGAGUGGCCCCCUCGGCCUCCAAGCUGAAGAAGCUGAAGGCCUCCCUGGAC